CCGGGAUAAUAGAUAGUCUAUUAAUCUCAACUACAAAUACCUUUAGCCACAAGUAAUUGAUCUCCAAGGCAGCAUCUAAAGACAAAUCUGCAUUGACGAUAGUUUUUAACAAAGGACCCCAUUAUUUUGUCUAAAUUUAAUUAUCCAAAUUUAUUUAUCAUUUUGUCUGCUAUUCAGAUCUCCAGAUAAUAAGAUAACAGAUAUAUAAGAAAGAUAUGCACAAUCGAGCCUGCAGUCUAUCGCAAGGAAUCUUUAUCCACCCUCCCACUUACAUCGAAUACAAAGGAAAACGCUUCUUGAUUGUUGAUACGCCCAGUGCUCUCAGUCUUCCUCUUUAUAUCAAAGAGUUUGAACGAUGGCAUGUUACAGACGUAGUACGGUGUUGCGAGGCCACCUAUUCUCAGCAAGUGUUGAAGGAUCGAGGGAUUCAGGUCCAUGAUUGGGUAUUUACUGACGGAGAAGCCCCGUCGAACAAGAUAGUAGAAGGCUGGUUAAAUCUAGUCGAGCAGCGUUUCGGAACACCUCAAGAGGUUGAUUUCGAAAAGAAGACACCAGAUGAUGAUUAUCAGCUGCCUUGUAUUGCUGCCCAUUGCGUAGCAGGAUUGGGAAGGGCCCCUGUUCUGAUAGCCAUCGCUCUGAUGGAAGAAGGCAUGUCACCACUUGACUCUGUAGCUUAUAUCCGCGAGCGUAGAAGAGGCGCUAUUAAUAAUAAGCAAAUCAAGUAUAUUGAAGGCUACAGACCACGAUCAAAAACCCAGUGUACUUUUAUGUAAUAUAGACAGCAUAUCUCCCUAUUCUUAUUCUUAUUAUUAUCAUUACUAUUACUAUUACUAUUACUAUUACUAUUACUACUAUUAUUGCCUUUUU